AUGACCGAGACCGUGGAUGAGCUGGUGCAGCGCGCGAAACUUGCUGAGCAAGCCGAGAGAUACGACGACAUGGCUGCCGCCAUGAAGAAGGUGACUCAUCUCUUCGAUGGUGACUAUUUCCUCAUCACAUUUUCAGGUUACCGAGCUGGGACAGGAGUUAUCCAACGAGGAGCGCAAUCUCCUUUCUGUCGCGUACAAGAACGUUGUCGGAGCUCGUCGUUCGUCGUGGAGAGUCAUUUCAUCCAUCGAGCAAAAGACCGAGGGAUCCGAGAAGAAACAGCAGCUCGCCAAGGAGUACCGCAUCAAGGUUUGUUCUUGUGUAAAUCGUAUCGUCUUCCCGACGUGGGAAUGAUAUUUCUCGCUUUGUGAGAAAAAUUGAGCUUAUAUUUUCCGUUUCCGCAAAAUUUGGUAAUGAGCACAUGUCGGUGUGCAAUUAUGAUAUUGCGUCACUAUUUAUUAGAAGUCAGUCGUCUAUACGCAUGAAUUUAGGUCGAGCAAGAGCUCAACGACAUUUGCCAAGAUGUGCUGACGCUCCUCGAUGAGUUCCUCAUCGUCAAGGCUGGAGCUGCCGAGUCGAAGGUCUUCUACCUCAAGAUGAAGGGAGACUACUACAGAUAUCUUGCCGAGGUUGCUUCUGAGGAUCGUGCUGCUGUUGUCGAAAAGUCGCAGAAGGCUUAUCAGGUAUAGAGCAUCAUCAAAACCGCCAGGCCAAAAUAAACUUUCAGGAGGCUCUCGAUAUAGCCAAGGAGAAGAUGCAGCCAACGCAUCCAAUCCGCCUUGGGCUUGCCCUCAACUUCUCGGUCUUCUACUACGAGAUUCUGAACACUCCAGAGCAUGCUUGCCAGCUUGCCAAGCAGGUAAAUCGUCAAGCGGCAGAACUUUGGCAGUUUUAAUAUUUAUCAGGCCUUCGAUGAUGCGAUCGCUGAGCUCGACACCCUCAACGAGGACUCUUACAAGGAUUCGACGCUGAUCAUGCAACUUCUACGUGACAACCUUACUCUCUGGACAUCGGAUGUUGGAGGUGACGACCAAGAACAGGAAGGAAACCCGGAUAACCAAUAAGUACGAAUACAUAUUGAUAUAUUGUCAUUCUAUAAAGACCCGUUUUAUUUUCAUGUUUAUAGUAAACAAUUGCACUUACAAUUGGGUAAUUUCCGGUUUUCAGAAUGUUGGCUUCUGCAACAGCAUCUCCUCUGCCACUUUCAGUUACCCUUAAACGUCUCCGGUGGGUUGUCUGAACUGACAGCAUUCGUUAACUGAAAGUUUUUAAGGCUUAUCACCUGCACCAGUACUUCAUGCAGCAUUUUGUAA